AUGCACGAAUUCACGAUAGGGCCACUGGGAGAAUGGCAAGGAACGGCCAAAGUUAUUGCUAAAUCGGGCAGCAUUUUUGGUGAAACUGCGGAUGUGAUCUGCCUGACUGUGAGCAGCACGCUGGACUAUUCUCCUCCAGUGUGGAAAUCUCUCACAAGAGCAGCAGGUCUUGGAGAGUACAAAAAAGGCCUCCAAAAACGCCAAGGAAGGAUUGAACCAGUGGCUUGG